AUGAGUUUGAGUAAGAGAAAGAGCGAGGUUCCUUUGACAAAGCUCACUGCUCCAACAACAGAAGUAAAAAAAAGUUAUCGAAAAAGUUUUAUUAUGAGGUCUAAGAUGUUGUUCUCAACAACACCAUCGCCAAAUAAUACUGUUUUACUAAGUACAAAAAGAGACCGGGACAAAGACCAUUCAUCGUCUAAUGCAUCACCAAGACUGCAUUCCAAAGACGAGAAAGUCAGCUCUUUAAUCAUCUUUGGAAAGUCAUUGAGUAAACUCACUAUUCAAGAAAAAACAUUUCACCAAGUGCCUUUAGUCGUGCAUAAUAUCAUCGUCUUAUUAUAUCAUAAACUGUCUCAUCGACUGGACUUUUUUCAAGAACAGACAGUGUCGUGCUAUGACUUUAAAACUUCAGAAAAACUCGGCGCAACUUAUCUCGGCGAUGUCCGAAAGAUGUCCAUUGACGAAAUCAUCAGCGCUGGUACCGAUCUGGAGACUGCGAGAAAGUUGAAGAAGUUCGCUGAUGUCGAACAACCAGAACACUUUUUUGAGUUACUUGAUUUGAACCAAAACUGUCGAAAUUAUGAAUUGAUUAAAGUCAAUAAAAUUGCCAAUGAAUACGAUAUGGGGAAGUUGCCGAAUUUGAAUCAAGUCUGUGAGAUCAAAACAGGCUUUGUGUUACUCAAAAAGUAUUUGUUAGAGUUACCAAACCCACUUUUAAAUGAGGGAAUCUGUGCGAAGCUGGACCAAACACUAUCACUACAAUGCAAAAUAUCACAAGAAAAACUCCAACAAAUUGUCGAAGAGGAGUUCAAAUUGUUUGUUGGUUUCGGAGAAACGGUUGUGUGUGGACAAACAGAAACGUUCAAAGAGAUUGUACUCUUUUUGAGAUUCGUGGUUGACACAUUCUUCUUAACACAAAAUGAAAGAGACGAAAUUUAUAUUUGUUUUUUUAACGCAAUGAUGCAAAGUGAAUUGUUUAAUUCAAAGUACAUUCCGCUCGUCAAUAUACUGUUUAAAAACAACAAGUGUUCAUUUGAACUCACCGAUUUGUAUCAGUACGAAGGAGAGAAAGUGAUUCAAAAAUUUCAGGACGUACUUACAGCACCCUACUUUGUGGAUACCGUGCAGCUUGAGAAUGAUGAGUUGUUAAAUGGAUGUUUGUACAUCACCAACUAUAGAAUUGUUUUUAUCCCAGAUACUUUACCAACAUUAGUCCAAAAACGAUUUUUAAGAUAUUCAGGGAUAUGUUCUAUAUGUAGUGUAUACAACGUUACAGAGGAUGUGAAAGAAGGAUUUAAGAAUGUCAGAAUAUUGUCGAAGGAUAUGAAAGUGCUUACGUUCCGAAUGAAACAAAACAACGAGAGCGUUGAAGACUUGGUUCAUGUCGAACAAAAGUUGUUUGAACCGUUCAAUGAGACUGAAACGAUUCCAGCCGACGAUAUAGACUAUUUGUUGAAUGAAAUUGUUGUUGAUAACGAUUUAAAUAGGCUUCAAAUAACACCCGAGUCUACUAGCCACUUUCCAACGUUCAAACCAAAUGUUGUUGUCGAAACAGAAGAGAUGUUUGCAGUUACUGUAUUUCAAACGAGCGAAAACUGUAAGUUACUCAGAUUUCCAAAGGGAGAGUCGGGGUAUGCAGCUUCCACCCCAAAAGGCUUCAGCCCACAACUUCCGGCCGAUGUUAGUGGCAUUUUCAUGAUGUCUCCAAUGGAUAGUUCCGAUGUGAUAUCAAAAGAUGUUAAUUCGAUAUUGGAAACGCUGUUAUCAGUAAAUGAUGAAACACAAAACAGAACGUUUGCAAAGAAGGUGGAAGACUUUUCGAAAAUUAUUUCGAGAGCACUCGACUUUUUGACAAAAUGUGUGAAGGAGAUGAAAAUGACAAACGCCGUUGUUGUGUUACUUCCCAGCAGUUUUGAAGACAGAUGUGUCUCUGUUUUUUCAGCGUUGACUCAAUUGGUGGUUGAUAAGUAUUAUAGAACAAUCACAGGCUUUGUUGUGUUAUUACAAAAGGAAUUUAUUCAAUUCAAGUUCUUUGCGAAUGGAGACUCCUCUGCCGCAUUUUUUAUAUUCUUGGUUUGUUUACAGGCCCUCAUUCACAACAACGAAUCGUCUUUUGAAUUUGAUGACAGACUUAUCGACUUCAUGUAUACUUCAUAUAAUGCUAAGCGCUUCUCUGAGUUCGAUGGAAAUUUGUAUAACGAGAAGUCGUCGUUUUUCAAAAUGCUGCUUUUCAACCAACACGAGUUUAAAAGUCAAUUUUUCCACAAUAAAUCUGGCAACGACAAAAUUAUAAUACCAGAAAAUGGGUUUGUAUUCUUUUUCGAUAACUUCAUAAACUUUUCGAGGAAGAGUUACUUCAUAUGCAAAACUCAGAGUCAAAUCAACUCAAUAAACAAUACAAAAUUGUCGCACUUCGAGGAGAAUAGUCUCUUUUUGAACCUAUUCGUUGAAACAAAGGAACUCGAUUUGUCAAAUAACUUCUUCAUAGAGUUUCCGUUGCAUUUAUGCAAAAUGACACAAUUGAUAAAGCUCGAUUUGUCGAUGAACAAAUUGAUCAAUUUCACCAACGAAAUAUCGAGACUCACCAACUUAACACAUCUCUCACUGGCAAACAACCAAUUGACAUACCUUCCCUCACUUGAAAAGCUUCCACUAAAAUACCUUGACAUUUCAUCAAACAACUUUUCUCGGUAUUCACAAUUUAACUUUGGGAAGGACAUCGUUGAUUUUAAGGGUUGGCACUUACCAGUGUACCCGAUAACACUCUCUUCUGACAUGGCAUUAACUUCGUUGGACUUUUCUUAUUCCCAUUUUGAUAUACUGGACAUCAUUGCAAACCCGCCAAGAAACUUACUUGAACUGAAGAUCACACACUGUGGAUUGGAAUUGAUCCCAGAGGAAAUCACAACUCUUUCUAUCACACGACUUGACGUGUCAUCAAACAAAAUCAAUAAAAUGAACUACUCAUUCUUCUCAAUGACUUCACUCAAAGAAAUUGACUUAACAGCAAACCCGUUGAAAUUAAGUAUACUCUUUUCGACAAUGACGGGUCUAAAAGUGAUCACCAACAACACAACUUCAAUGAACAUCGCGAAGUCUGCACUCAAAACGCGAACUCCUCGGGCGUUUAAUCGUACCGUUUCACUUAACAUCGUCGAAAUAGCAGCCGACCAAACAACACAAAAAUGGCAAGAACUCGAAAAGGUUCUAUUUGUGGGCGACGACUUCAGAAAAGAGGUCUUUCAGUUAAUCAACAGGAAGUUACAAAAGAAGGGGAGUAUCACCACGAUUGCGUCAUCAUCAUUUUACUUUGAGCCAAAAGAUAAAAAGAAGAAAAAGGUGUUAUUUGAAGAAAUCCCGACAUACACCAUCAGAACUAAAAUGUGGGAAUAUCACCAUACAUGUUUUGUGGUGUGUAAGAACGAGAAACUCGGGAGUGAUUUGGACGAAAUUUUGGAAAAUAUUGGGAAGCUUAAUAUGAAGAAAACAGUGUAUUUGAUAACGGGAUACACCGUUGAUGAAGAUUUUUUGAAAAGUUACAACACUAAAUAUGGAAUGAAAAUUGCACCACACAAGUACAUAUCAGAGAAGAAAAAAUGCACGUCACUUUUUGCAAAACUCAUCAAAGAAAUCGACCAAAAGGCGGUUGAAGUCUCUGAACCAUGCCUUCGUGUACUCAAGGAGCUGGACAUGUUAAAGACACCGGAGAGCUGUUUGGAUGUGUCGAUGCUCAAAAAUCUGAUGGACACAAUGAAAAUUGAAAAUGGCGAGAAAGUUGUGAAAACACUUAUUGGCCUUGGGAUGAUCCUUACAACUAAAGACCAAAGGUUUGACACCACGCUCGACAAGUUGGAUGACAAUGAUAAACUUCUUGUUGACUUUUCAUUCUUCAAUACAGUCGACGACUUGUUCUCGUGCAGCCGCAGUCGUGUUGGAUUUUUAACACCAAAGGUACUUGAAACCAUUGGCGUAAAAAGUAGUUCAAUUGAGUUCGUCAUCGAACUUUUGGAACAACACGGAGUUAUAACUUUAACGCAGAGAAAAUACGCAAGAAGUUUGGGAUUGGAGGGAAGGUUCGAUGAAAUUGAAAAGAGCUUCAAUUGUCAGUCGUACCCAACAAAGGAGGCGCGAAACUCGAAUGGGAGUGGGGGAAGCCUUGUUUCGAAAUACACUGAAAAACGUUGUUUGAUAUCACCGAGGGAUCGAAUCGAAACUCCCGGUAUCUUAAUGUGCACGUUCAAUAAUUACGAGGACAAUUACAACUUUUCUGCGUGGCCAAAAGGACACCAAAAGAACGAAACGGAAAUUGGAAGAAUUUAUUGUGUUAAGUAUUUGACUAGUAGUGUGUCGAAUGAACUCAUCUCGUCGUUUAUGUUGAAAUACAAUGUUUUGUCGUACUGGAAGAAAGGUGCCAUAUUGAUAUUGAAUAGUAAAGAAAAGGAUGUGAAGGACAAGAUUUAUAUUAUGGUUUCUGCAGAAGAAGGUCGGAGACAAGUAACUGUCCGACUGAGAUAUUUACUUUCGCGACGUACCGCAUAUUUUGUGAUGAAAUUGCAAGUAGAAAUCGGGCUCUUUAUUGACACCGUGUUGCGAUACAAUUCGACUGAAGUUGAAAAAGUGCUUGAAAUGUGUUCUGAGUGUCUUAAGAAUGGUGAGAUCUUUACAACGACACAACGACAAGUCAAAGAAGCAGUUGAAAAGUUCCAGUACCGUGUUAAAGUCGGCGAGCAUAAACACACUAUUAAUGCCUCAGUUUGUUGCUUAGACUUGAUCAUAGAUACAUUCCCACGUAUUAAGAUGAUGAAAAUGAAAGAUUUAACCUUUGUGAAUAAGAUUGCAAGCGGGUCCAAUUCAACCAUCGAGUUAUAUGAAUAUGUCAAUCCAUUAGAAGACAAUUUUGAGUUACACAAUUACGUUGUGGUGAAAACGGCGAAGUGUGAUGUGAAAGACAUUGGCGUUGAUGAAAAGAGUAAAGUCGAGGAUUUGUACACCCAAUUUGUCGACGACUUUCUUCACGAGUUCUUCUUUUUGAAUUUCCCCGAGUCCUCACAUCUUGCAAAAGUAAUGGGAUUUUCCUUUGAUCCAAUGUUCAUUACUAUGGAAUAUUUCGAUGGCGGAAGUCUCUUUGAUAUGAUACACGAAAAACAAGCGAAGUUUGACAUGAAAACCAAGUUGAUGAUUGCAAAACAAAUAGCGGAAGGGAUGGAGUGUUUACACACAUUUAGAAUUCCAUUGAUCCACAGAGACUUGAAAUCGCCCAAUGUGUUAAUACGACUCGAUGGGGCGGGAAAUUUCAAGAGUUGUGCGGUGAGUGAUUUUGGGCAGACGGUUGCAGUGAAUUCUAUUCGAAACGACAAUGAAAUUGAAUGCCCUUAUUGGCUUGCACAAGAAGUCAUAUGUGGAGAGCCGUUCACACAGAAGAGUGAUGUGUAUUCAUACGCCAUUGUUUUGUGGGAAUUGGUCACUGAAAAGUUCCCAUUCAAACAAUUCAAUUUCUUCAGUGUUGUCAGAGAAAAGGUCAAAACAGGCUACCGACUUCCUAUCGAUGUGGAGUCCCCUCUUAACCAACUUAUCACAAAGUGUUGGAGUGUCGACCCAGAUGAAAGACCGACCUUCUCAGCAAUUAAGGCUGACGUUUCUAUGUUAUUAAAUAACGAGUGUUAA